AUGCCGCCAAUCCCCGUAACCAUCGUGACGGGAUUCCUAGGCUCCGGAAAAACGACACUCAUCCUUAACCUCAUCCCGCAACUACCGAAGACCUACAAGCUCGCCCUCUUGAAGAACGAAUUCGGUGACGUUGCUGUCGAUUCUCAACUGGCCUCCUCGUCUGCGAUCGGAGGGGUGCAAGAACUUCUCAAUGGCUGCAUCUGUUGCAACCUGGUCGGUCAACUCGGAGAUGCUUUGGAUACCCUUCGCAAAGAUGUCCAUCCAGACCGGAUCAUUAUCGAAACCAGUGGGUCCGCGUUCCCAGCAACUCUUGCCAUGGAGGUGAAUAGACUGGGAAGAGAGACAGGAUACUACGCGCUUGAUGGGGUAAUCGUCGUCAUUGAUGUGGAAAAUUGGAAGGGGUACGAAGAUACAUCGUAUACGGCAAAGAUGCAGGCUCGCUACACGGAUCUGAUAGUGUUCAACAAAUGGGAGCUGGUCCCCGAAAGACGAUACGAAGACUGUUUGGACAGAGUGGGGGAUCUCGAGUUACAAGUCGCCACAGUCAGAUCCGAAAGAGGCCGAGUCGACCAAUCUGUUCUGCUCGGGUUAGACAGUGCAUUUGCAAAGAUGCUCGACCCUUUGUCCAAUACACAUGAUGAUCAUGACCAUGAUCACGCGAAGGACCACCAAAGCGAGGUCGAAGUUAUUUCAGUCACCCUAUCGUCUGAAGACAUAAUGCAUCACGGUGUCAACCUUGACUCUCUCGAGACCUUUUUGCUCUCCACCCCUAAAGACGAAGUAUAUCGCAUCAAAGCAAUAGUAAAGGCCUCGCGCCCACCGGCUUCUUCUGGGGGAGAUGUUGAGCCAGCGGUUAUACAUCAAGGGCAAACAAGCGCCAAAUACAUCUUGAACUGGGCAUUUGGCCGGUGGACCUUCACUCCAAUGAGUUCGGCCAUACAAUCGAGUAGUGCGCUUUCGUCUAGAAAUUCGAGAAGUGGCUCGAUUGUUGAGAUGCCAGAGGGCCUAGAGAUUGACCCUCUUGUGCGGAUGACGGUCAUUUUAGCCCGUGGCGAAGCCGACAAGUGGAAGAAACGCAUUGAGACGCAGGGUCAUAUUGAAUCGGAAAACGAAGAUGGCAAAGCAAGACUGCAAGUCACGAAGAUCCUGUUAUGA